UUCUGGGGGAUGCUGGCUCCAAUCCUGCCCCAGGGCAGGGGGCUGGCAGGCUGUGGGGGAAAUGGGGCACAGGACCCUUCCCUCCAGGACUCUGGAUCUGUAUUGUGCUUCCCCCACAGCUGGCAUGUUCCUCGUCUCCACCAACCCCUUCACAGUGACCAGGCUCCUGGGCUCCGACGUGCUCCUGACAUGCAGCUUCCCCGCGGCCCCGUAUGGAGCGAGGGACCGGAUGCUGCUGGUCAGCUGGUACUUCCAGGAGAGGAGAGUGGCUGAGUUGGACACAUCCCCAUCAGCACCCAGCGCUGCCGCAGGUCGAGGUGCCCAGCCCAGUGGUGCAGAGGGACGAGGACAGCGCCCUGGUGUGCUGCGUGCGGGGGUUUUACCCCCAGCACAUCGCAGUGUCCUGGCUCCGGGACGGGCAGGAGCUAAACGCCUCCUUCAUCUCUGCCAUGCGCCGGGGGCACCGGGAUGGGACCUUCAGCCUGGUAACUGUCUACAGCUUCACCCCCAUGGAGCGGGAUCUGGGGGAUCUAUUCUCCUGCCGGGCACAGCACCCUCUGCUGAACCAGUCCCGCCAGGCCGACUUCCGGAUUGCCUUCAGGGCUGGCGGCCUGGAGAUGGGGCUCAGAGUCCUGCUGUGGAUGCUGCGAGUGUCACUGCUGCUGGCCGUGGCCAUGGGGGGCUGGCUCUGCUGUGACACCAACAGCCGACCGAGGAAG